UCUGACACUCAGAGUCGACGAGGCUGCAGAGCUCUGCGCUCAAACUAUGGAUGUUUGCUGAGAGAGAGAGAGAGAGAGAGCGAGAGAGAGCAGAGAUAAAGAAGCAGACUGCCGGUGGAUGUGUGAGUCUGUGGCCGGGCUGCGGUGGAUCUGUCACGGCCCCGGUGUGAAUGGGAUUACGCCGGUUGCUCCGCGGCUCCUGGAGGAAACAUGCGGCUGCAGAGCUCCCCGGUCCCCUCGGUCCUCCUCCCGCUGCUGCUGCUGCCGCUGCUGCUCGGGCUCUGCAGCGGCACAAGUUUCCCAAGUAACAUCAACAUAGGAGGCCUUUUCCCCACCGGCUCCCAUGAAUAUGAGGUGUUUCGUUUUGCUCUAGCGCAACAUCAGGAUGUCCCAAAACUGGUGCCACAAGUGGACAUGGUGGACACGGGGAGCAGCUUCGCCAUGACCUACGCCUUCUGCUCUCAGUUCUCAAAGGGUGUGUACGCCAUCAUGGGUCUGUACGAUCGGCGGACGGUCAACAUGCUGAUGUCUUUCUGCGGCUCUCUGCACGUCUGCUUCGUAACGCCGUCCUUCCCUGUUCAGACCAACAACCAGUUCGUCCUGCAGCUGCGGCCCCAGCUUCAGGAGCCCCUCAUGGCCCUGCUGGAGCACUUCUACUGGACCAAGUUCGUCUACAUGUACAGCUCCGACUCAGGUCUGUCGGUGCUGCAGAGGAUCUUGGACACGGCGGCGGAGCACAGUUGGCAGGUCACCUCGGUUAACUUGGACACUCUGACAGAAGCCGCCUUCAUCAAGCUGCUGACAGAUCUGGAUUAUAAGAAGGACUUUCAGAUCAUCAUCGACUGUGAGCUGGAACGGCUCAACUCAAUCCUCAACCUGAUUGCUGCUCAGAGGAGAAACUUGAAGAACUACCAUUACAUCUUGGCCAAUCUGGGCUUCAUGGACCUGAACAUGACCGAGUUCCAGAAGCUCGGGCCGAACGUGACAGGCUUCCAGCUGAUGAACCGGUCCGAUCCAGCUGUGGAGAAGAUCAACCAGGACUGGCUGGACUUUGACAGCAAAGACCUCAAACUUGCUCGCAGGAGACUCAAGUACACAGGAGCUCUGACCUACGAUGGCGUCAGCGUCAUGGCGACGGCUUUUCAGAACCUCCGGCGGCAACGGAUCGAUAUAUCUCGCCGUGGCAAUGCUGGGGAGUGUCUUGCAAACCCUCCCGCCCCCUGGGGACAGGGCAUCGACAUACAGAGAGCACUGCAACAGGUGCGUCUGGAGGGGCUGACAGGUUGGGUUCAGUUUGAUGAGCGAGGACAUCGCACCAACUACACCCUGAAUGUGAUGGAGCUCACCCACAUCGGACCCAGGAAGAUCGGAUACUGGAACGAGAGGAGAGGCUACGUGAACACCGCCGUCUACAAGCCGGUGGUAGAGGAGUUCCACGGUCUGCAGAACAGGACAUACAUAGUCACCACCAUACUGGAAGCUCCCUACAUGAUGCUGAGAAAGAACCACGAGCAGUUUGAAGGAAAUGAAAGGUAUGAAGGUUACUGUGCUGAACUGGCCGCAGAGAUCGCCAAACACGUCGGCUUCGUCUACCGGCUCGAGCUGGUGGGUGACGGAAAAUAUGGCGCCAGAGAUAGUGAGACGAAGAUGUGGAAUGGCAUGGUGGGAGAGCUGGUUUAUGGGAAGGCAGACGUGGCAGUCGCCCCGCUGACCAUCACUCUGGUGCGAGAACAGGUGAUCGAUUUCACGAAACCCUUCAUGUCUCUCGGAAUCUCCAUCAUGAUCAAGAAACCAACCAAGUCCAAACCAGGCGUCUUCUCCUUCCUCGACCCGCUGGCCUACGAGAUCUGGAUGUGCAUUGUCUUCGCCUACAUCGGAGUUAGCGUGGUGCUCUUCCUGGUGAGUCGAUUCAGUCCUUAUGAAUGGCAGGGUGACGACUCUGAUGAUGAAGAUGAAACUCUGCCCUCCUCUGCCUCUCGACGAGCUCUGCCGACUUCAUCCUCUGAGCUCUCUCCAGGGUACUCCCAGAACCAAAACCAGAGCCAGAACCAGCAGAAAGACAAAGAGACUCCAGAAUACACCAAUGACUUUGGCAUCUUUAACUCUCUCUGGUUCUCACUUGGGGCCUUCAUGCAGCAGGGCUGUGACAUCUCCCCAAGGUCUCUCUCAGGUCGAAUCGUGGGAGGAGUUUGGUGGUUUUUCACCCUCAUCAUCAUCUCCUCCUAUACAGCCAACCUGGCAGCCUUCCUCACCGUGGAGAGGAUGGUCUCGCCCAUAGAGAGUGCUGAGGACCUGGCCAAGCAGACGGAGAUCGCCUACGGCACUCUGGAUGGAGGCUCGACCAAAGAGUUCUUCAGGCGCUCAAAAAUAGCAGUUUUUGAGAAGAUGUGGUCGUACAUGCGGAGUGCGGACCCUACAGUGUUUGUCAAGAACACCAACGAAGGUGUGAUCAGAGUCAGGAAGUCAAAGGGGAAGUACGCCUACCUGCUGGAGUCCUCCAUGAAUGAGUACAUCGAGCAGAGGAAGCCAUGCGAUACCAUGAAAGUCGGAGGCAACCUGGACUCUAAAGGCUACGGAGUGGCCACACCUAAAGGAUCGCCCCUCAGAAACCCUGUUAACUUGGCAGUAUUAAAACUGAACGAGCAGGGACUGUUGGACAAAUUGAAAAACAGAUGGUGGUAUGACAAGGGAGAGUGCGGCCUCGGGGGAGGGGACUCCAAGGACAAGACGAGCGCGCUCAGUCUGAGCAAUGUGGCGGGAGUGUUUUACAUCCUGAUUGGUGGGUUAGGGCUGGCCAUGCUCGUGGCUCUGGUCGAGUUCUGCUACAAGUCUCGGAUCGAGUCGAGAAGAAUGAAGGAGCUCAUCGAUGCCGCCAUGAUGAGCACCAGCCUGGUGGGUGGAGGAGCAGGAGGAGGAGGCGCGUUGGUGGGUGGUUUUGUAGGAGGAGGAGGAGGAGGAGGAGGAGGAGGAGGAGCGUCAGGGCUCGGAGGAGAGAACGGCCGCUUGGUUGCGCACGACUUCCCGAAAGCCGGAGGUCAAGGUUUACCCUGCAUGAGCAAAGCUUCCGGCCUGGGACUGUCCUCCACGGGCAUGUGAUCAAAACCAAGACUCCUGAUUGGACGGGAUGUUCUGGCCUGUCUGUCUGUCUGAAGGUGAGGAAGUAAGAGUAACGAGAAAAGUAGAGGGAGGAGAGGCAAGACAAGAGAUAAUGAACUGAGCAGAUGUCAGAGGAGAAAGGGAGGAACAAUGUGUGAGAACAGGAGGAAAAUGUUUUGUCAGGCAGGCAGAGGGACGUUCACGUUCAACAGCAGAACUCUGAUGAACAGAGAGCACCUGAACACAACACCUGAGCUCCUGCAAGACGAGCGACUGGGCUUAAUGAACUACAAACAAAAUAACUCUUUUUCUACAAGCGUUGUCUUAAACAAAAAUCCUCCUCUUCUGCAAUAAAAGAACCCAGGAGGGGAAACAAACUUUUUUUUUUUUUUAAUUUAAACUUCUUAACACACCCACCUCUCUUCUUCUUUACCCUGGUCCCGCCCUUCACUCGUCUCCUCUUCCUCCAGUUCAGCAGAAAGCUUCGUCACGUUCACGCUGAAGGCCUCUUCGUUACCUGAGAAGGUUGGAGAAGUCAGAAUUUGAGCAUGUUAACAUUUUUAAACACAGAUGAACACUUGUGUUGGUGAUGAGACGUUUGCUGAUAACAUUCAGGAGAACACCAGAGGCCUGUACUACGAAACAACACACCCAGGAUGUUUCUGUCGGCUGGCUUCACUAACCUGGACAAUCACAAUCAAGUGGUUACACGAAGGUGGUUAUCAACUUGAUAUGUCAACCCAAGUUUCCACAUUCAGCCGCGAGGUCGCUCAGAUAAAAGGGAGGUGUUUGUCGAACAUGACCGGUUACAGACACGGACAAAUCUACUGACAGCAGAUUAGAAUUAACUGUUUACGUUGUUUCUUUGGGGUUUUUUUUAAUGUGUGACGAAACAACAGUGACGUUGGUGUAAAGUUUCAAAGAUUUAAAGGGGCUCUGUGGAACUUUGGUCUUUAGUUUGUGUCUAUACUAACGUUAGCUACCGCUGCUCUCUGUUAGCAGAGAGGCGCCGACUGUCACGGAAAAUCUGCCCUCAGUCCAGCAGCUUUAAACAACUUCAAUAAAUCAAGACCAAGAGAGACGGGAAGGUCUCAUUUUUUACGUCACAUUUCAGUCCGCUUACAGGUGGUCAAUAAAACCGUGAUUAAUACAUGUGAUUUUUAUAAGUUGUUACAUAGAGCCCCUUGUUCAGGAUUCCAGUGAUAGAUACAGUGAGAGCUUGAUGCACCUCAGCUUUAGAAAAAAAAAAAUGAAGAACUAAGAGAUAUAUUUAUUAUCAGUUUACCCACCAGUUAUAUUCUCAAAUAAUCAAUAAGUUUUUUGGUCUAUUAAAAAAAGAGGGUAAAAAAAAAGCUCAUCUGAAGUGAUGUCUUCAAAUGUUUUUGUUUUGUUCUGUCAACAGUUUGAAAUUCUGAAGCUAUUCAUUCAUAUCAAGCUUUUUCUUGAAAAACAAAUGAUUAUCGAAACAGUUUAUAACAUCAGAUACAUUUUGAGUAGGUUGACCAAUCAAUUAAUCGACUAAUUGUUUCAGAACAGAAAAAAGUUUUUUUUCUCUUGCUUGCAUUCUUUCUGCAUCGGCAAAGGAGUGAUUAUCAGUUUGGGUUGUUGUUUUUCCCUCUUUGUCUUCUGAAGAGCUCCGUGGAAACAAAACACUAAAUGUCCACAUGAUCACACUCGAUGCAGCGAACUGAAACUGUCUCUUCAGCCAACAUGUUACCAGGCCUUUAUUAGAGGAAGACCUUUAUUACCUAUUCCUUCUGUUUAAGAUAUAUAUAUAAAUAUAUUUGGUCAUAUAUUAAUGUGAAGCCUUCUUGUAUCUGUUUCAGAUUAAAUAAUAAUAAAAUAGGAGAGUAGAUGAGUCACCCAGAAAGUAUUGAAACAACAGAAUCAGACGUUGAAUUUAUUUAACUUAAGCAAUGGAAUUGAACAUAUUACACUUAUUAUUACGUACAAUAUUAUUGUUUAUUUCUCAGCAACAUUAUAUAGAACAGGAUACAGAAGUAUUUAAGACCGGGCAUUUAUUAGAGGUAAUGCUGUAGACAGUUUGGUGGCCACAAAUCUUUUUUGAAAAACUCUGGCCAAAACAUGACGCCGUUUGCAUCGUCUGGUAAACUCACAGGUCCUGGGGGGUAAAUUUCCUUUUAAAUCUGAGGUUAAGUGGUGUUUACUGUAGUGGUUAAUCUGCGUUAUCCUGUGGUUUAAAUGACCGAAGGAACAAAACUCAUCGUGGCUGGUCAGGAUCAGUUUCUUCUGUAUUUCCUCCUGGACCGAACACACGAUGAAGCAGCAGCGCAGUGGAACUUUUAUACUCUGAAACUGAGCAAAAAUCAGGAAUAAUACAUUCACAUUUGUAUGAUAUGAAUGAUACAUGUGCCGAACUACACUUGUUUGUCUAAAACAUGUUAUUUUUAAUUGAUUUUUCAGUUUAUGGUUCAGAUCGGUUACUCUAUUUAAUAAAAACUCUUAACGUAUCUCGAC